UUUUUGUGUCGCCGUUUUCCUGCCUGGGAUCCCCAGCGUGAGGCAGGCUCCCUUCCGCCCCGAGGUGCCUAAUGCGGCCAAGAGACGGCGUCCUCAGGGUGCUCAAGUCCCGUGCCGGGAAGCCCGGGCGGCGGCCUCACGGGACUGAGCCGAAGGAGAGAGGGUGGCCGCUGGGGCGCCGGGCUCCCAGCGCGGGGCGGUGUCUGGAAGCGCGCCUCCGUCCCGGGUCUCGGCCCCGGCUCCCCGCCUCCCUACCCGCUGCGGCGGGGCCGCGCACGGUGCGCCGGGGGGGCGCGCACGCAGGGGGCUGGCCUGCCCGCGGCGCGGGGGAAAGUUGAGUUGGGAGAAGUUGGGAGCGGCGGGGGUGCGCCCCGAGGUGGGCACUAGGGAGUCGUCGGGAGCGCGCGAGGGCUCCGGAGAAGGGGGAGAGACCCCGAGACCCCCGGGGCACGAAGUCCAGAGCAAGCGGGUUAUGCCGCCGCCUUGUUGCCCUGAAAGCCGCAGUGACAGUGAAAAGGGCUAAGAUUUGGCCAUGAGCAGCGCCCCCCGGCGCCCCGCCUCGGGCGCAGAUUCUUUCUGUACUCCAGAGCCAGAGAGCUUGGGCUCUGCAGCGCCUGGGUUCCCCGAGCAGGAGGAGGAUGAACUCCACCGCACGCUGGGUGUGGAGCGGUUUGAGGAGAUCCUGCAGGAGGCUGGGUCUCGAGGAGGAGAGGAGCCAGGCCGCAGCUAUGGGGAGGAAGACUUUGAAUACCACCGCCAGUCCUCCCACCACAUCCAUCACCCGCUGUCUGCCCACUUGCCUCCGGACGCCCGCCGCCGCAAGACCCCCCAGGGCCUGGGAAGGAAGCCUCGCAGGCGCCCUGGAGCCUCCCCUACCGGGGAGACCCCCACCAUUGAAGAGGGGGAGGAAGAUGAGGAUGAGGCCAGUGAGGCCGAGGGGGCCCGGGCACUUACCCAACCGUCCCCUGCCUCCACACCCUCUUCGGUUCAGUUCUUUCUCCAGGAGGAUGAAGGCCCCGACCGGAAGGCAGAGAGGACCAGUCCAUCCCCUCCUCCACCGCUGCCCCACCAGGAGGGGGCUCCCCGGGCCAGCAGAGGGGCCCAGACUGGAGCCCCGGCGGAAGAGGUGGCGGCUGUGGCCAGUGGCGCGGCAGGAGGUGAUGAUGGGGGAGCUUCCGGGCGCCCCCAGCCCAAAGCGCAGCCUGGGCACCGAAGCUACAACCUGCAGGAGAGGAGGCGUAUUGGAAGCAUGACUGGGGCUGAGCAGGCUCUGCUGCCCCGAGUCCCCACAGACGAGAGUGAGGCCCAGACACUGGCCACCGCUGACCUAGACCUCAUGAAGAGCCACCGGUUCGAGGACGUUCCUGGAGUGCGUCGGCACUUGGUGCGGAAGAAUGCCAAAGGGUCUGGGCAGGGUGGCCGGGAAGGGCGAGAGCCUGGCCCCACGCCUCGGACCCGGCCCCGGGCUCCCCACAAGCCUCACGAGGUAUUUGUGGAGCUCAAUGAGUUGCUGCUGGACAAAAACCAGGAGCCCCAGUGGCGGGAGACAGCGCGCUGGAUCAAAUUUGAGGAGGAUGUGGAGGAGGAGACGGAGCGCUGGGGGAAGCCCCACGUGGCCUCCCUGUCCUUCCGCAGCCUCCUCGAGCUCCGCCGGACCCUGGCUCAUGGGGCUGUGCUUCUGGACCUGGACCAGCAGACCCUGCCUGGGGUGGCCCACCAGGUGGUGGAGCAGAUGGUCAUCUCUGACCAGAUCAAGGCUGAAGACAGAGCCAACGUGCUGCGGGCCCUGCUGCUGAAACACAGCCACCCGAGUGAUGAGAAGGACUUCUCCUUCCCUCGAAACAUCUCAGCCGGCUCCCUGGGCUCCCUGCUAGGGCAUCACCACAGCCAGGGGGCCGAGAGCGACCCCCAUGUCACUGAGCCUCUCAUCGGAGGCGUUCCCGAGACUCGGCUAGAGGUGGAACGAGAGCGGGAGCUGCCACCUCCAGCCCCGCCAGCCGGCAUCACUCGCUCCAAGUCCAAGCACGAACUGAAGCUCCUGGAGAAGAUCCCCGAGAACGCCGAGGCCACGGUGGUCCUUGUGGGCUGCGUGGAGUUCCUCUCCCGCCCCACCAUGGCCUUCGUGCGGCUGCGGGAGGCCGUGGAGCUGGACGCGGUGCUAGAGGUACCCGUGCCCGUGCGCUUCCUCUUCCUGCUUCUGGGCCCGAGCAGCGCCAACAUGGACUACCACGAGAUCGGCCGUUCUAUCUCUACCCUCAUGUCCGACAAGCAAUUCCACGAGGCAGCCUACCUGGCAGACGAGCGGGAGGACCUGCUGACCGCCAUCAACGCCUUCCUGGAUUGCAGCGUGGUGCUGCCGCCCUCGGAGGUGCAGGGCGAGGAGCUGCUGCGAUCCGUCGCUCACUUCCAACGCCAGAUGCUCAAGAAGCGAGAGGAGCAGGGCCGGCUGCUGCCCACGGGGGCGGGACUGGAGCCCAAGUCGGCCCAAGAUAAGGCGCUCCUACAGAUGGUAGAGGCGGCAGGCGCAGUCGAAGACGAUCCGCUCCGGCGGACGGGCCGGCCCUUUGGGGGCCUGAUCCGGGACGUGCGGCGCCGCUAUCCCCACUACCUGAGUGACUUCCGAGAUGCGCUUGACCCUCAGUGCCUGGCUGCCGUCAUCUUCAUCUACUUCGCGGCCCUGUCCCCUGCCAUCACCUUCGGGGGGCUGCUGGGAGAGAAAACUCAGGACCUGAUUGGGGUGUCAGAGCUGAUCAUGUCCACGGCGCUCCAGGGUGUGAUCUUCUGCCUGCUGGGGGCCCAGCCGCUGCUGGUGAUCGGCUUUUCUGGGCCCCUGCUGGUGUUUGAGGAGGCCUUCUUCUCGUUCUGCAGGAGCAACAACCUGGAGUACCUGGUGGGCCGCGUGUGGAUCGGCUUCUGGCUGGUGCUCCUGGCCCUGCUCAUGGUGGCCCUGGAGGGGAGCUUCCUGGUGCGCUUCGUCUCCCGGUUCACCCAGGAGAUCUUUGCCUUCCUCAUCUCCCUCAUCUUCAUCUACGAGACCUUCUACAAGCUGAUUAAGAUCUUCCAGGAACACCCCCUCCACGGCUGCUCCGUCUCCAAUAGCUCUGAGGCAGACAGCGGCGAGAACACCACGUGGCACGGGGCAGGAGCCACGCUGGGGCCGGGGAAUGGGAGCUCAUCUGUGCCAGCCGGGCAGGGGAGGCCCCGGGGCCAGCCCAACACGGCCCUGCUGUCGCUGGUGCUCAUGGCCGGCACCUUCUUUAUCGCUUUCUUCCUGCGCAAAUUCAAGAACAGCCGGUUCUUCCCUGGCCGGGUGCGGCGGGUGAUUGGGGACUUUGGGGUGCCCAUCGCGAUCCUCAUCAUGGUGCUUGUGGAUUACAGUAUUGAGGACACCUAUACCCAGAAGCUGAGCGUGCCCAGUGGAUUCUCCGUGACAGCCCCAGAAAAGCGGGGCUGGGUCAUCAACCCUCUGGGGGAGAACAGCUCCUUCCCCGUGUGGAUGAUGGUUGCCAGCCUGCUGCCCGCCAUCUUGGUCUUCAUCCUCAUUUUCAUGGAGACUCAGAUCACCACGCUGAUCAUCUCCAAGAAGGAGCGGAUGCUGCAGAAGGGCUCCGGCUUCCACCUGGACCUGCUGCUCAUCGUGGCCAUGGGAGGCAUCUGUGCCCUCUUCGGCCUGCCCUGGCUGGCUGCCGCCACUGUCCGCUCCGUCACCCACGCCAACGCGCUCACCGUCAUGAGCAAGGCCGUGGCGCCUGGGGACAAGCCCAAGAUCCAGGAGGUCAAGGAGCAGCGGGUAACAGGGCUGCUGGUCGCCCUGCUUGUGGGCCUCUCCUUGGUUAUCGGGGACCUGCUCCGGCAGAUCCCCUUGGCUGUGCUCUUUGGAAUUUUUCUGUACAUGGGAGUUACCUCCCUUAACGGGAUCCAGUUCUACGAGCGGCUGCAUCUGCUGCUCAUGCCCCCCAAACACCACCCAGAUGUGACCUACGUCAAGAAGGUUCGGACCCUCCGUAUGCACCUGUUCACAGCCCUGCAGCUGCUCUGCUUGGCCUUGCUCUGGGCGGUCAUGUCCACAGCCGCCUCCCUGGCCUUCCCCUUCAUCCUCAUCCUCACAGUGCCGCUCCGCAUGGUGGUGCUCACCCGAAUCUUCACCGAGCGAGAGAUGAAAUGUCUGGAUGCUAACGAGGCGGAGCCAGUGUUCGAUGAGCGGGAGGGUGUGGACGAGUACAAUGAGAUGCCCAUGCCUGUGUAGCCGCUGCCUGGACCGACAGCCGAGGGACAGACGGACAGAGGGAACAGGGGCUGGGGGGGUGCUCUCCCCCUCCCCUCCCUCGUUUUUAUUUAAGUGAAUAAUUUAAAGUCCCCUUACCAUCCUCACCCCCCCCCACAGUAAAGUGCUUCGGCCCCCACCUA